AUGAUCAUGGACAGGAAAAUGGAGCGGAAGAGGACCUUCACUAUGAACUGGGACGGCCUCCACGACCAAGAAGACGACUCCUUCUUCGAAUCCCGAGAGCGGAUGUCCUCCGCCGUCGCUAUCGACCUCGAAGCCUCCUCCUCCGACGAUGAGGACUUCGACGACAGCCGUAUGUCCUUCGCCUCCUGCGCCUCCUCCCUCCGAAACGACCUCGAGGUCGAGGUCCGAGCCUUGUCCGGCGCCGCCGCCGAGCCUUCGUUUUCCUCUCCUCCGUUGACGCCGGACUACAACAUCUGGAUGGCCGCGCCGGGGUCGAUCUCCGAGCGACGCAGGCGGUUGAUGCAGGGGAUGGGAUUGGCCAACGGCGGCAGAGACAUCGUCAGCUUUAAACGCAUCGUUUCGAGUAAACCUCCAAACGGCGUCAUUCCGGCCGUUACGAAAUCCCCUACGCUUUCUGUGGAAAAGAUACAAGUUCCUGAACCGGCGCCGCAUGAUCCGGAGGCGGAGGCGGAGGCGUCGAAUUCGCCGUUGCAGGCGGUGCUUGUACGGUCGAGAUCGGACGGAGAAAUCGAGGCUUUCUCAGCGGAUAAACGGAGGAAAGAGGAAGUGAUCGGCGCAAUCUCGAAGCAACGGCUGACUCGGACGUCGUCGACGAUCGCGGCGCCGAGCACGAGAAUGUUUUCGUACCCGGAGGUUGUGGCGACGACGCCGCAAAGCGACGGAGGAGCCAGGGCCGUCCGAUCUAGACAGAACAGCACGGCGUUGUCGACGGAGUUCACUAACAAUUUAGGAGCUUUCUUCUUGAUUAAGAAUCUGGACACCGGAACCGAGUUCAUUGUGAACGAGUACGAUCAGAACGGGUGUUGGAACAAGUUCAGUGAUCUUCAAACGGGGAAGAAAUUGACCAUGGACGAGUUCGAGAAGUCCGUGGGGUACUCGCCGGUGGUGAAGGAGGUGAUGCGGCGGCAGAAUGUGACCAGCGACGCCGUGAAUGAGAGGAAAGUUGGUUCACCCGGAGCCAAUUCAUUUGUGUCGAAAAGUUUGAGGAUGAGCAAGCGAAAGGUGGCGCUGUUGAAGAAUAGCAUAAAAGGUGUGGGGAGUGCUGUGAGUGUGCUAAUUGGGGAUAAGGAUCAACACCCGCCACCGCCGCUGCCGCAGGACCAGAAACCGAGCAAGUCUAAUGAGUGGAUCAAAGUUAGGCAGAAUGGGAAGUCGUAUAAGGAGCUAUCAGCAUUGCAUUUGUGCCAGGAGAUUCAAGCUCAUGAGGGCUCAAUUUGGACUAUUAAGUUUAGCUUGGAUGCUAGGUUUCUUGCUAGUGCUGGAGAGGAUAGGGUCAUUCAUGUGUGGGAGGUUCAGGAAUGUGAGAUUAUGUCCAUGGAUAGCAAUGCGACCCCACUGCAUCCCUCGUUGUCUCAGGAUCGAUCGGGGCCUCUUAGCUCUGAAGCGGCAAUUUCGUCUGAGAAGAAGAAGAAGGGGAAAGGAGGCUCUUCCAGGAAAACAAAUCCCAUUCCUGACUAUGUCCAUGUGCCUGAAUUCGUGUUUGCCCUCUCGGAGAAACCUGUGUGCUCUUUCGAAGGUCAUUUGGAUGCUGUACUGGACCUGUCAUGGUCCAGAGAUCAGCUGUUGCUUUCAUCUUCAAUGGACAAAACUGUUAGAUUAUGGGAUAUGGAGACCAAGAGUUGUUUGAAGAUGUUUGCCCACAAUGAUUAUGUAACUUGCAUACAGUUCAAUCCUUUGGACGACAAUGUUUUUCUCAGCGGCUCCCUUGAUGCAAAGCUUCGAUUAUGGGACAUACCUGCUCGAAAAGUGGUAGACUGGACAGAUCUUCAUGAAAUGGUCACUGCUGCAUGCUAUACUCCAGAUGGCCAGGCUGCCAUCACUGGCUCACAUAAAGGGAACUGCCGUAUGUACAAUGCAGAAGACUGUAAAUUAAGUCAAGAAGGACAGAUUGAUAUCAAAAACAAGAAGAAGAGUCAAGCAAAGAAAAUUACUGGUUUCCAGUUUUCUCCAACCAAUCCAUCCGAAAUGCUUGUCACAUCUGCUGAUUCCCGGAUUCGGAUUGUAGAUGGUGAUAAAGAUGUCACUCAUAAGUUUAGAGGUUUUCGAAACACAAGUAGUCAAAUUGGAGCGUCAUUCACUCCCAAUGGAAAGUACAUUAUUUGUGCUAGUGAAGACUCUAAUGUAUAUGUAUGGAAGCGUGAAGAGCCUCGAGUGUCAGCCGCAGGAAAAAAGAGCACAAUCACCACCACUUCUCAUGAAUAUUUUCAGUGUAAAGAUGUAUCAGUAGCAAUCCCAUGGCCUGGCACCAUAAAGGGUGACCCUCCCCCAUCUAUACCUGUGCAUUCUUCUAAGAGACACUCAAAACGUUCCUCUGUACAGCCAGUUUCAGGAACUGCAUCGCCUACUAAAGAAGAGAGCAAAAGACUGUUGCCACCUCUCCCAAAGAAACACACUAAUCCUAGCACUCCUCCUACGGCUGCGGCAGCGGAGAGACCUUCAACUCCCCCUACGGAAGAUCAAGAUCCAUCUGAAAUAUCUCGAACGGAUUCUGGCAUUGGCGAGUCAUUCGGCAGCAGCUCAGACCCUUCCUCUAUUAGGUACAGUGGCGACUCAUCUUCUAUAUUUUCUGGCAAUGCAUCAUCAUCAUCUUGGUCUUCCUCUUGGUCCUCUUUGUUUGGGCAUGAAUCGAGCCAAACAACGCAAGCUUGGGGCUUGGUCAUUGUCACAGCCACUCUGGAAGGUGAAAUCAGAGCAUAUCAAAAUUUUGGUAUACCAAGAAGGGUGCAGAGCAAUAUUUUUGGAGGUCCUACCUAG